UGGCGGUGUAUGUGCCUUGUGCGUUACUAUCUUCUAGGGUUAUUGAUAUUUGUGUCUACCUUCUAUUUACCGAUUGUCGAUAUCCCGUUGUUAGCUCACUUAUUUCAGUCUGUUAUUGGUUGGGAGUUAUCGCACCGAUAAUCAAUAUGACAGUUGUUCGACGAGACAAUUUAAGUGACUGUACGCUGAAAGAAAAGCUGGACUUCUACUAUCGUGUUGUAAAAAAUCAAAUCCUCCGCUUUCAACAUCCUAUCAGUGGAUUAUUUCCUCUUAUGCCUAUGAACACUAAAUGUAGAUAUAGUCAUGUACGAGAUUCUGUGUACUGUGCCACAGUUGUAUGGGCUCUGCACCAGUGUUUUGCACGAAUCAACGAUGAUGAAGGACGUCAUUAUGAACUUGGUCAAAGUGCUGUCAAGUGUAUGCGUAGCAUUUUAAUGGGUUGGAUGCAACAAUCUGCGCGGUUGGAAUACUUUAAAAGAGUUCAAAACUUGGAUACUUGUCUGCACUCACGUCUUGAUUAUGAAACUGGUGAACCUAUUCAUGAUGAUCAUUAUAAGAACUUACAAAUGGACUGUAUUGGUCUGUAUGUAAUUCAGCUGGUUCAAAUGAUUCAUUCUGGACUUCAGAUUGUUUACACGAAAGACGAAGUAGCAUUUGUUCAAAAUCUUGUGUUCUAUUUGGAAAGAGCCUACCGUAUCCCAGAUUAUGGGAUGUGGGAACGUGGAACAAAGCAAAAUCGUAAUAUGACUGAAUUACAUGCUAGCUCUAUUUGUAUGGCGAAAGCUGCAUUGGAAUCGGUUGCUGGAUUCAAUAUUUAUGGUUAUGAAGGCGGACAUUCUUCUAUCCUUUUUAUGGAUGCUGAUGCCCACAGUCGUAAUAGAAUAAUUAUGACAAAUUUGUUACCUAGAGAAUCUGCAUCAAAGGGUACUGAUGCUUCACUUAUUCCUGCGCUAUGUUGGCCAGCUUAUGGUACAUGUUCAACUAGUACACGAUUGCCAGCUCUGGAACGCUGUGUAGAACGUCUAAAAGGUGUUUACGGCUUCAAACGGUUUACUCGAGAUGGUUAUGCUACUGUUUUAGAUACAGAUAGCGAAUAUCAACCGGGAGAAUUGAUGAAAUUUGUUGGAAUCGAGAGUGAAUGGCCAAUGUUUUUCGCGUACAUGAUUAUCGAAAAUUGUUUAAAUGGUGAUCGAGAGAAAGCAUUAGAAUAUGAUCAAUUAAUGCAACCACUUCUUGUUCAUCCUAUAUCGGAAUCAUAUCAUUGGCUCCCAAAAUUUUACUUUGUUCCCACUGAAGAAUUGGAAAAGGAACGUCGUUGCCGUGGCUCAGCAAUUCGUAAAAGCAGUUUCCGUUUAGUCGGUGAAUCUCGUUUUCUUUGGGGACAAUCAGUCUAUAUUAUAUCUCAGUUACUUAUUUCUGGAUGUCUUCUACCAAGUGAUUUGGAUCCAAUCGGUCGAAGACCAUCACAUCGUUUCUCUGGAAUGUCAUCUACUUUAGGUAACGAACUUUUAUUUUCUGGAAAAUCGAUGAAUGUGACAAUUCAAGUAGUUCUUAUCUCUGAAUCUGUGCGUUUACAACAAGUUUUAGCAACUUAUGGCAUUAUCACUCAAACACCUGUACAAGUUGAACCUAUUCAAAUUUGGUCUCCAGAUCAGCUUGUUCGUGUUGGCAAAUUUAUGGGUUGCAGUGAACGUCUAGGUUUAUCUGGUCGUCCUCCUCGACCUUAUGGACAAUUAGGUACCAGUAAAUUUUAUAGAAUAUCCGGUUUAACUGUUCUUUGUUAUCCAAUAUUAUUUGAAUCUCAAGAGUUUUAUCUACUUCAUGAUAUGCAAGUGGUUAUUGAUGAAGCUAAGACAGAUUUUCUAUUUUUGUCUAAUUGGUGGAGAUUGCGUGGACGUCCCACAUUUUGUUUUCUGAUGCGUGAAGAUAUGGUAAAGGUUCCGGGCUUCGAUAAGUUGCUUCGUUUCCUUGUCAGCAUGAAAAAUGGAACUGUUCAGGAAGCCCAUGUUGUUUUGGGACGUGCACAGAAAUUUGUUGCAAGUGGAUUUGUUGAACAUUUAGACUUUUUGCCGUAUUGGACUGCUAAAGGUGAAUAUUUCCGUAGAUUACAUCAAUUAGAUACUGGACGCUCAUAUCAAAGUUUAGAUAAUCUACCCAAAGCAGUGAAUAUACCGUCGAAAUCUUUAAAUCGGUUUCAAUCGCAUAUGUCUGACGAGGAAAUUAUUCGAAGUAUUCAUGCUAUAGAUAGAAAACCUUUACAAAAACUAACUGAUCAACAAGUAAUUGAACAAGCUAUUAAAUCAGGCGAUAAUCCAUUAAGUUUAGCUUAUCGAAUUGCUGCAUUACACGAAUUAUUAAAUCGACAUGGUUUGGAUCAUGGUUUUUCGACCGAUCAGCAUUUUCUCAUUGUACGUGAUUGCCUCACGGAAUUGUCACGAAAAGCCGGUAUUCAACAAGCAUGGUGUGUAGUACGUUUGUCUGCUGCUUUAUUAUCUCAGUUCGCUAGUAGUUUAGCUCCGUCAUUGUCAACUAUUCUCGUCUGUGGCAAACAGCUUACUGUUGGUAUUUCACAAAGCUCUGAAGUUGUUGUCAAUAAACCUUUAAAUCCAGAUGAAUUACAUGCUUUAUUACGUGAAGAAGUUUAUUCAUAUGAUCCUGUACAGUUUUCCUUACAACAAGAACUUAUCCUAUCUGUUAGUAGUUUAUUGACUACAAAUAAAGAGUUGUUUGAUGGAAUCAAAUUUAUACGCUUUGGUUGGUUAUUGGAGGCAAUGAAAUUAAAACUUGAACUAGAAAUAUGUUCAGAUGUUGGUGAAGAUUCCUAUCAUCAACAGGAACAACAACAUCAAGAUGGUGAAUUUUGCAAAUCUAGAUCCAUCUAUGAAUCUGUAUUAAAAUCAUUGGAAAAUUUAGAAAUCAAUCCACGUAGUCUAGGUGCAUGUCAUUUGUAUAGUUUGCCUCCAUGUCAAGUUAAAGAUUUAUUAAUACGUACAUUGAAAGCUGGUCAAGAGGGGAAAACUCAAUAUUUACUUAAUAAUUCUGUGAAUUGCACAGCAAAAUUUACCACUACUACAACUGGUCAUACUACUACACCUACUACUAGUAGUUUUAAUUCUGUUAAACCGACCGCAAAUAAUACUCGAGAAUUAUCAGUUAUCACUGAAUGUGGACCAACGAAUGUUUCGGAAUAUAUUCACCGGGCUCGUCGUACUCGUUUGCGUCGCAAUAUUCAUCAUGAUAAACGUUCUCGUAAUUCAAGUGCAUUUUCGUCUACAGAACUUUUAGACAUACCAAAAGCAUUGUUUCAACGUCAAUUGGAUGGGUGUUUAGGCGUAGUACCUUCAACAUUUUAUCAAGAUGUUUAUUUUAUUCUUGAACGAUCUCCUCAUGGUAUAUUGAUUUAUGGUAAACUUCUUCCACAGAAACCUAUUUUAACUGAUAUGACGGCGUAUGAUCUCAAUUUUGUUGAUGAAGUUGAAUGUCUUCUAAGACCAAUAUGUGAUCCCGCUUAUCGUUCAUUGGUUGUAGAGACAAUGAUGGUCAUCGCAGUUAUAUUACAAAGAAACACUGAGUUAUCAUUUAAUGAGGUGGUCGAUAUUAAACUCAUUAUUGUAGAUGCAAUAAACGCUUUUAAGUGUGAUCGUUAUCCUAACAUGUAAGCUAUCCUUCAUUCCUUUGUUUAAAUGUUUUAUUCAAUGUGCAGUUUCUAACAUUUUUAAAAGUUAGUCUGAAUUGAUUACAGAGGAAAAAGUGUUCUUAACAAAUAAUUCAAUAGUAAAAUGUAAUAGUGAAUCAUGGUUUAAAAUAUUUCACUAGCUUAUCCUAAGGAAUAUUUAUUUUUCAUUGUUUCUAUGACACGUCAAUUGUUUAACGACUUAUGUAUUUACGAUACAUCAUGCAACUUAAAAUAUCUUGAUUUUCUAUGCUAACAUUUAUUGGAACUAAGUUUUAAAAGACCCGAAUGUGUAAUGUUGAAAUGACUUGAAUUUCAAUAUCUGAAAUUAUUUCGAAUAUUAUUUUUGCAUAUAAUGCGUAAGUUAAUAUUUCGUAUGUAAUAGAAAUUUUAAUUUGAUUACUACACUGUCCUUUAACAAUACAUAUGUUAAAGAAAAUCUCUAGUUAGAAUGCUGAUAACUUUAUCUUUAGUCUAUCUGUAUUUCAGACAGUAUUAGAACACGGGGAAUCGAACGACAAUUGAUAGAUAAUGGUGUUGUUUUAUCAAUCAGUAAAUUGCAAUAAAAAUAGUUACAAUGAAGUCAUUCAGUCCUUCUUAUGUGAUGAGGAUAUUUAAAAGCAGAGUUCAGUUAGUUUUAUAAGUUAUUUUAUUACUUCUUCUAGCUGUCAGUUAGGUUUAUUUUACCAAUGUGAUUUGUCUUAGUAUUUUUUUGAGUCAACAAAAUCACUCAUUCAUUUAUAAAUUACGUAGAACCUACCGUAAAAUCUGCUCUCUUGAAAUUUGCAAAUUAUUUCAACACAAUGAGAUGAUUAACAAGAUGCUCAGCGAAGAAGUUGAAGUAAAAAUAAUGUGUGUGAUUGAAAGACAAAACAUAAAGAAUAUGGUUUACAUUUAUCUACAUGGAUUGGCAAAACAGUCUGUUUGAUAACAGAUAUGAACGGGUCUUUUACUGAUUAAUUUUUUGUCUAAUCCCUAUAGGUAGAAAGUGAUAAUCUCUAAAAUUAACUGUUCUUCACUUGAUUCAAGGUUUUUUAAUUUAAUUUUGGAAAUUAUAGGAAAUAUGAAUCAUUUUAUGGCUUUAAAUUUGUGAUAAGCAAACAUUGUCCACACCUCCAUAAUUUUUGUUCUAUUGUAUAAUCCGACCUAUACUGUGAAACAUUGGUAGCUCGGUUGGUAUAUUUCAAUUCUAUAAAACAUCCUACGCACUUCAAAUAAUCUCACUAUUACAUCUCUGACUCAGACUCAAUGAAAUGAGUUUUGAUCUUGUGAAGAGUAAUAUUUCCCUCGUAAAAUUACAGAUACGUCUUCUUGAUGAGUGCCAGUUAAUUUGACAUCAAAGCUUUUAGUCAGUCAAAAACGCAAAAAAUAUUUUGUGUUUAUUCACUAUCAUAUUUUUAUGGCUAGUCGCCAAUUAUUAUGUCGGAAUUGCUUAUUACUUAUACUUGUAAAAUGAGGAACCACUGCAAUCAAAAACACCAAGACUUGUACAAAUGGGGAUUCAUUAAACUCAAAAUACGACGACCCUAGUCGAAAAUACACUCAUUAUAUAUUGAUUGCACAACCAUUUCGACCAGUAAUUAGAAUAGAUUAAACUUAUGAAAAAUACUCAAAGUUGUAACAAGCCACAUGCUGCAUAUCAUGCUGAACAUAGUUUGUCUUAAUUUAACACAAGAAAUAUUGUAUCUUGAAUAAACAUCACACUUAAAUAAUUUAAUGUUAUAACGAAUAAAAUAUAACACUGAAAAGCAAAACAAAUACUACCCUGAGUAAUCACCAUAUUAAAUUAAAGAAAGCUGAAGUAAUGUUGAACAAUAAAUCACAAUAAGUAAAAAGAUGUAAUUUUACUUAUUAAUUCCAUCAUAUCACAUAUGUUUAUUGUUCUGUACAAUUUAAAUGUUUCUUGUCUUUAUUGAUUCACCUUGAUUGCAUACGUGUGUUUGUUUGUUGUUUUAGGUAGUUAACGGUUUUAGUCAUCGAUUGUUUAUCGUUUUUAAACACAGUAGAAGGAAUAGAGUCUUACGUUGUCAAAUUAUAAAAUAAGCAUGUAAAAUAUCGUUACUUUCACACGGUAUUUUUUUAACGGUUUCCAUGAGAUCCAACUGUUUUGAGCAGGUAGAAUUUUAAUAAAUCGAUUCAUAUUGGGAAUCUUAUGUAAUAUUUUUGUCUGAUAGGCAUCAACAGAUAACAGUUUUUUGAUUUAUUGCCUUUCAAUGUUAAGAUACUAUUUUCUCAGUUGUGCAGUUCAUUUCUAUUUCUCUCAUAUUUUAUUUAGGUCUACUGACAACAUCCUUCCUCAUGUGGAGAGACGUAUGUCAUGGUCUGGACCAGAUAUACUGUCUUCCUCCGAACUGCCCAUUUAUCUGGAAUUUGCAUCAACUCCAGCGAAUGCCACCAUGGGAACUACUUCUUAUAUCGCUAAGUCCGUGAUUGAUAGACUAUUAAAGGGGCAUAUAGAUCUUACUAAUGUUACUAAAGAUGCUUGUUGUGCAAUGUGAUCUAUUAUGUCAAUUCUAAGAGAAAAAUUAAUCUUAUGAUAUGUUUAUAGCAUUUUACUUACUGUAAUUCACCAUAGAUUUCCCCUUCACAGGUAUUUGUGAAACAUUCUUUUAAUAUUUAAACAUCCUUAUAGUGUGGCCACUAUUAGUUUUAUUAUUUUCAUUUUUUUGCUUGUUCCUCUCCUCAGUUACUUACAUGUUUUAUAGUUGUACCUUAUGAAUUGUCAUGAUUUCAUCUAUAAAUUACAUUUCACUGG